AUGCUACACGCGACCACCAAAUUAUUUACCAUCAUUGUAUUCAUCUAUACAAUCAACAUUGUUCAUGCAUUUGAUAUCAAACAAGUGCUAUUCGGUAACAAAGCAGCAGUAAAUGACAAAUUGACCCCAUCUUUCGGCAGACCUGUGGAGGAAAGGCCAGCGUCCAACAGAGCAGAUAUACCUUGCGACCACUACAUUUGUGAAGGUACUGGAGCUUGUGUGUUGACGCCGCUUGAUUGCCCUUGCCGUCUUGAAACAGACAUCAAGUGCGAAGUUGGAGAUUGGUAUAUCUGCAUUCGGGGCGAUCAAUCAUGCUCCAGCAUGCAAUGA